CAGUGAAGACAGAAGGUGGCACGAGCGUACUCGCCCCUAGCGGAUACCAGGAAGAGGAUCACCCACGUGACUGUAUGUGUCCCUGACACACCGGGGAGCAAUGCUGUGUAGUGCAAUGUCUCUAUGGCGGAAGGUACUCGUGUGCUGGUCAUGUGACCCGUAGACACUCAGCCUUAGUCCACUGACAGAGGGUCGAUGCUGCAGUGUUUGUUGUGGUUUGUGACAUUUGGGCAGGAUGCUUCCCCAGGGUAGAUUAUUGCUGGCUCGAAUGUCUGGCUAUUGGAAGCCCCUCUUUACGGGACGUUUUUUGUUGGUCACCAACACGGUUAGCUGUGGAGUCCUGCUGGGUAUCGGUGAUACGAUCCAACAGACAAGAGAACGGCGAAAGAACCCAGAAAAAACCCGAGACUGGCUACGAACAGGCCGCAUGUUUGUCAUAGGCUGCUCAAUGGGCCCAAUUAUGCAUUUCUGGUACUCCUGGUUGGAUAGGACCCUUCCUGGCCACGGGAUGAAAGUGGUGUUGAAAAAGGUGUUUACUGACCAGCUAGUGGCUUCCCCAUUCUUUGGCAUGUGGUACUUUUUAGGUAUGGGUUCCAUGGAAGGGCAAAACUUGAAAGAGAGUUUCAUAGAAUUCAAAGACAAAUUUUGGGAGUUCUAUAAGGCUGAUUGGACUGUGUGGCCGGCUGCACAAAUGAUCAAUUUUUACUUCCUAUCUCCAAGAUUUCGUGUCAUUUAUGUGAAUGUAAUUACAGUAGGAUGGGACACAUACCUUUCUUACCUUAAACACAGGGUGAGUCUUCCCGAAGAAUCUGCUGAAGAAUCAAAGACACAAAUUCCAGAAGAAAGGGUGCCUACCACUACGAUGUCCACUCAGUUGCCAAAAACGCUAGAUAAAAAUGUCUAGGGGGGCAAAGAACUACUUGUCCUAUAAAUCUGCCUUGUGCAUACGUCUGACAUUAAAUCAUAUCUAUAUCUUUGAUGCCAUAGCACCACCCAACUUUCAUUUUUUUUUUCUUGCAAAGUAAAACUAAGGAUGAUUUUGA